AUGUCCCCAGGGCUGGGGUCUGGGGUCCGUGUGGUUGGGGAUGUGCUGAGGAGACCCAGUGUCCCUUCCAGUGUCCCCUCCGGUGUCCCCUCCCUUGUCCCCUUCCCGCACAGGGCUCUGCAGGACCGGCACCUGAGCCCUGGUGACAGCACGGCCUCCGGUGUCCCCUCCGGUGUCCCCAGCAGCUCCAGCGUGGCCGCGGUGCUGGCCUGGUGGCAGUCCCAGUGUGACGCCGAGGAGAUCCUGCUCGCCCUGGGCUUCGUGGGCCGCGAGCCGGGGGCGGCGGCGCGGGUCCCCCCCCGCUUCUUCUCGGGCCCGUCCCGCGCCAGCGGCAUCGACCUCGGGCUCUUCCUGCGGGCCCAGGCGCGGCGCCUGCAGCUGGAGGAUCCGGGCCUGCGGCUGGCCAGUCGCUUCCAGCAGGUCCAGGCCCUGGCCGCCACGGCCGACGCGUUCCUCUGCCUCUACUCGCACGUGUCGCGGACCGCCCUGCAGCGCAUCGCCCCCGCCCCGCCCUGUCGCGACAGCCCCGACAGCGCCGGGCGGCGCCUGAAGCGCGCGGUGUCCUCGCUGUGCCUCUACCCGGGGAGGGGACACGGCGGUGACACCCCCCGGGGGGAGACCCCCGGCCCGGGCGGGACCCCCGAGCGCUGCCGGGGACACGGCGACACGGACACGGUGUCCCCGAGGCCACCCCGAGCGGGGACAGCUUGGGGACACCCAGGCCGGGGGGUCUGGGGGCGCGGGGGGGACACUGGGGACCCUCGGGGCGGUGUCACCGCGUCCUGCAGGGUGGCGGGCACCGCCCAGAGACCCCCGGGGCUGCGACCCCCGGGCCAGCCCGGCCUCGGC